GCCGCAGGCCCCCGCACCCCCGCCCCACGUAAGGAGCCCUGGUCAGGGCGCCAUGGCCCUGUUGGGUGCCUUGAGCCGCUGUGGCUUCGCGCGUCCUCGAAGGCACGUGCUGUAAAGCCCUCAAGGCGCGGUAGAGGGCUGCAUCCAGGGCUGAACCUUACUGGAUGUGGUUUUGGGGAUCACACGUGUUCCGGGACUGAAAUUUGCUGUGUCAACAUCCCCGCUAGGCUUUGCCUAGUAGCUUUUAUGGCUGUUUUUAAAUUCUUUAGGAAACGGGUGAAAUAACUAUAAGGUUUCAUAAGAAAACACGUCCUGCUUGUCACCACUGCCACACUUCAGUUGCCUUUUGGCGUAAACCCCAUCUUAAUUAGGAUUCAAAGGCGGUUGCCGCUGCUGCAGGGCAGUUAAGGUCUAACAGCCCUUCUGACGCCGCGGCCACCUUUGGCCUUCAGGGGUUGUGUUUCCUUACAACUUGGAUUGGCGAGGGAUGCCCUGACAUUUGGCAAUCCAGUUGUCACAGUCUUCCCAAAUUCCGUUUGUACUUUUUCCAGCUACAGCCUGGGUAAUCUUAUGUUAAACGGAAAAGAAAGCUUUUUUGUAUUUUUUGUAAAGGUCAGUGUACGUGUGUACAGAAUGUAAGAAAUAUCAGGCAGCUGUUGAGGACUUGCUUUUGUGCUGACAAAGGUACAGCUGCACCAGCAAAUAUGCUCCCUGCAAAGACUUUCCCAGCACAGCAAAGUGUGGGAGAUAGUGACGUCGUCAUCCUGAGGCUGAAGACAGUCCCAUCUCUCUCUCUCCUGCCUGUGUGAAAAUCUUCUUACUUCGGGAUAAGUGGUUUGAACCGUCAUGAUUCCCAGCCCAGAGUGGAGAAGACAGGGUGAAAACACUAGCUGUUCCUGCAUUAAUACCAAUACUAUGAAGAACUUCUUAAAGUAAAAAUAUGAAUAUUUAUACUUUCCAACUGUCGUUGAAAAACAGGUGUACUCUUUCAGGCUUUAAUUGAUUACCCAAGAUGUUUGCAAAAGCAACAAAGAAUUUUGUGAGAGAAAUUGACAGUGGAGGUGACUUGAUCCCUGUCUCCCACUUGAAUGCCUCAGACAAGCUGCAGCUUCUGAGCUUAGUUACGAAGAGGAAGAAAUUCUGGUGCUGGCAGAAGCCCAAGUAUCAUUUCUUGACAGUCACCCUGAGUGAUGUGCUUACUGAAGACAAACCAAUAAAGCCAGUAAUUGUGGAGUCUGACUUUGCAAAAUACAUGGGGAAGUUUGAAGAUUUUGUUCAAGGAAGUAUUGAAACUUCAUUUGGAAAAAUCAGCCUGGGAGCUGGAGGGAAGGGCUACGUGGAAAACCAGUCCUCAUUUGGAAACCUGAGGAAGCAGGAGAUCGACUUGCAGCAGCUCAUGAAAGAUGUCAAGGACAGAACGAUAAAUCUAAACAGUAGUUUACUGCAACAAGUAAUAGAAAGAAAACGUGAAGUGUUGUGCAUCUUGAGAGAAAAGAUAAUAACAACACAGAAGUGUACAAUAUCUGAACAUACCCAGACAGAAGAAAAAAUUGGUGGUGUGAUGGGAUGCAGUACAAAAAUAGUAAAGGUUUCAGUGAGUGAAAAUGGAAGUAUGAUAAAGGAUUCCAGUGUGAUCCUUGAAAUUCCUCCUGCAACCGCUAUUGCCUACGGUGUAAUUGAACUGUUUAUAAAGCGCAGCGGCCAGUUUGAAUUCUGUCUGCUAGAUGAACAGCAAGGAGGUUUUGAAAAAGAAACCACAGAAGGCUCAACUUAUCCCCGUUCAGCACUAUUCAGAGAUGCUUCAUUUCUCCAUCAGCCAGACGCUGUUGAUAAUGAGAGAUACUCGGGAGCUACAACCCUCAUUCCCAGUGAUGCUUCUUUAAGUGUAUUGAAACAAGAUCUGUCGUGGUUGAGGACUCAGUUCCAGCCCUUUGUGAAGCUGCCGGAAGACAAGCAAAGAGCUUUAUAUAAAAAGCUUUGUGAACUCCUGCUCCAUGAAGAAAUGAUAUCUGCCCUGGAGGACGUGUUAGAUGAUAUCUGCACAGGGGACAAGCCGGAUCUGAAGGAGUUAAAAUCUUCACAACAACGAGACCUGGUUGACUUCUUGCAGCUCUUGGGGUGCAGUUUACAGAGUGAGCUGCUGUUGCAGAAAUACCGCCCUCAGGAUGAAGAGCUCUUCUCAGCUGCUCACCUCCUCAUCAGUGCCAUCUCUGAGCUGUCUGAUUACACUCUGGUCCUGCUGCGUGCCUGCUGCGAUCUUCAGGUUGUUCCAGCGUUGUGUUAUUUGCCUAACUUGGCUUCAGCCGAUGGCACUGUGGCGCUGAGCAGUCCUUUGGUGGCUGCUUUCACUGACAGAGGAAGAUUUGAUGUCGUGCAAAGGCUGUUUGCUUCGUCAAGCAUUAAUUUGGAAAUGACAGAGUCUUCUGUAAAAGCUGUAACUAUGAAAGAACCUAGAUUCUUCCCACUUGUUCUUUAUGUUGCAUUGUACGGAUUUUAUGCUUUAGGUGGGAAUGUGUAGGAGCUUGGCUGAGUAACCGCUUACCGCUCUAGCCUGUCCUUUUUUUCUGUAGCUCUGCAGGGCAGCGUGGCUGUGUUUGAGCUGGCCGUAGAGCCCCGCGGUAGAGUGCUUCUGGCAGUGCGGCUGGGGGUUGUAGAGGUCAGGGUGGAUGCGGCAUGCCUGGCUUGAGCACUGUGCCCUGCCAUCAGCUGUGCUGCUGCUCUGCAGUUUCAUUAAGGUAUGUAUAUUAUGCAUAAAUAAAAGGGCAGGAAUUAAAAAAUAAAAGCCUAGAGCAGAAAUUGAACAUAGCUGCUUUGGUAGUUGUCUCAUCUGCAGGGCAGUGGAAGCCUGAUUGCUUGCAUUAAUAUGCGUGGGAGAACGCUGCAAAGUACAAACUGCUUUUUGUAAGCAAGCAAACAAGCAGGGUGUGGAAAUCCAGAGUUCUGCAAUGCAGUAAAUGUUUUGCUCGUGUAAGACUUGAUGUGCAGAAUGCAUUCAACUCUGGAGCAAGUGGAAUGGAGGGCACUCAAAGAGGUACUUGAUUAGGUUUUUCAUUUAUUAAGUGUGGUUUGGCUUUACAGAUGUAAAGAUGCACACUGCAGGAAAUAAAAAAAAAUGCUUUUUUUUC